AUGACCCCCAACCUUCAAGUGAAUGGACCACAUGGUGCACUUUACUGCCUCUCUAACAACGGCUGGACAAACUCGGAGCUGUUUUUGGAGUGGCUAGCUCACUUUAAAAAACACUCACACCCUACACCCGAGGAUCCUGUUCUUCUAAUCCUGGACAAUCACAACAGUCAUAUAUCCAUACCGGCCUACAAGUUUUGCAAAGACAGCAACAUUCAUAUGAUAUCUUUGCCCCCUCACACGUCCCAUCGGCUUCAGCCACUGGACCUGACUUUUUUCGGUCCAUUGAAAAACGCCUUGUAUAGAGAAUAUGAUCUUCAUCUAAUGCGAUCCGGUCAUGAGAAGAUAACCGAGUAUGAUGUUGCCGGACUCCUUAAUCAAGCUUUUAUAAAGGUAGCUACCAUGUCUAAUGCUGCGUCAGGCUUCCGUUCUGCUGGGAUUUUCCCUUUCAACCCUGAUAAGUUUUUUGACAACGGAAUGGCUGAAAUGCGCGACUUGCCUAUCCCUCCAGUAGAAGGAGUUCCAGAGCAUGAAAUGCCUACACCAACUAGGAUCACUGUUUGUCCAGAAAAAACACUCCCUUCCACAAGUCAAGUGUCAACACCAUCAACUUUCGGAAGUCCUCAGUCAACUGCAAUUGCACCAAGUCUUUUUGAUGAUCCGUUACCGUGCACAUCGACCAAAGCUUCCAACUCCUUUCUGGCAUACGCUCCUUUCUUGAGUUCAAAUAAGAAGGUUUAUAAGCCUGCAAAUCAGAAAAAACCCAGGGAAAAAACAACAUUCAGAAAUUCUAACUAG